UGAGUAUAAGUGAUACGUUAUAUUUAGUUCAUUCAUUGAUUUUCAUUUCCUCACUGAAAAAUGCUACUAUCCCACUUCAAACCCCUCGCUCCCUAUCUCGCCUCUCGCUCACUCGCCACUCCCACUCCUACACCUCACGCGCCCUCCCUUACUGACCAAACCCCAACCCUCACCACCUCUCCGCCGCACUCCGAAAUCCUCUCUACCCGCCAAACACUCCUCUCCCGCCGUGCCUCCGCCUCGACCAUCGCCCUCUCCCGCCUCGCGCGGCUCCGCCUCGCCGAGCCCCGUCUCCGCGCCUUCCUCCACCUCCCGGACGAUGAUGCCUCCUUGCCAGGCCGCCUGCUCGAUGCUCGCAUCGCCGCCGGCGACGACCCUGGUCCCCUCGCCGGCGUGCUCGUCUGCGUGAAGGACAACAUUUGUACCAAGGACAUGCCGUCCACGUGUGGUUCGCGCGUCCUGGCCGGGUACCGGCCCGUUCGACGCGCCGGCGGUGAAAGACUGAGGGAAUUGGGGGGAAUUGUGGUUGGAAACCAUAUGGAUGAGUUUGGAAUGGGAAGCACCACUGAAGCUUCUGCAUUUCAGGUGACUGCCAACCCUUGGGAUGAGUCUAGGGUGCCAGGAGGAUCAUCAGGAGGAUCAGCAGCUGCAGUUUCUGCCAGACAGUGUGUUGUAUCACUGGGAAGUGACACUGGUGGAAGUGUGAGGCAGCCGGCAUCUUUUUGUGGUGUUGUAGGCUUGAAGCCAACAUAUGGGCGUGUUUCAAGAUUUGGACUUAUGGCAUAUGCAUCAUCACUUGAUACCAUUGGCUGCUUUGGUUCAUCAGUUGCCGAUACCGGGAUUCUCCUUCAUGCAAUUGCAGGUCAUGAUAGAUUUGAUGCCACUUCAAGUAAGCAGGAUGUGCCUGACUUCCAGUCUCACUUUGUCUCUUUGAGCUCCUUGGAAAGUAAACCCUUGAAGGGACUGAGAGUUGGUCUGAUCCGUGAAACAAUUGACAAGGGUGUUGAUGCUGGAGUAAUUUCAGCAAUUCGUGCUGCUGCUAUGCAUUUUGAGGAAUUAGGAUGCUCUGUGAAUGAGGUCUCACUGCCAUCCUUUUCCCUGGGCUUGCCUGCAUAUUAUAUCCUUGCUGUGUCUGAAUCAUCUUCCAACUUGUCUCGCUAUGAUGGUAUCAGAUAAGGAAACCAAGUUUAUGCUGACGAACUAGAUUCUCUUUAUGGAGGUUCCCGAGCUGAAGGGUUUGGUUCUGAGGUCAAAAUGAGAAUUUUAAUGGGAACAUAUGCCCUCUCAGCUGGUUACUAUGAUGCAUAUUACAAACGUGCACAGCAGGUACUAAUAAUAUUGUUUUAUUUAUUUCUUCGUAGAUCUCUGAUCUAAGUCCUAAUAAUUGUG